AUGUCGAGUAAGUCGAUUCCGGUUGCUUCCAGAACAAGAAGUAAACGGCGGAAAGCGACGUCCUGCUGUGUUGAUAGCAAGCGGAGGAAGACACUGGCGGCGGAUGAUGGAAGGGCCAAAACGAAAAUGUCUACGCCGGAUCCUUCCUUCAAUGGUGACGUGUCUUUGAGUUCUCAAAAGGAAACCGCUCAAGUUCGAAUCUUGAUAGAAGAAUCUGACGAUGAGUUGGGAGACCAAGAUGGAAGCAACCCUCAACCGGGUGUUAUUUGGCUGAGUAGUGAUGAUGAUAAUGAUGAUGAAGAAUACAGUGAGGAUGAUGAUUCAAUGGCAGUUUCGGAUGACGAUCUCUCCAAUACAAGUGGAGAGGAUAGUUCUGAUCCAGACGAUUUGGAUUAUUAUGAGGAGCAGGAAGAGGAGGAUCCUCGGUCCUCUUCUAGUUCGGAAGAUGACGCCGAAACUUCUUUUUCAGAGACGUCAAGUCGUUUCAUUGUGAAAAGAAAAGCUGUAGAGACCGAGUUCGUCGGGGAACUCUCUAAGGAGUGUAAAAUGAAAUUAAGUGGCUCCAUUGGCUUGGAUGGUUCCAUCACUAUGUCUGAGAGAGAAAAGUUUGACCUUCUUAGCUUUCUCGCCGAAUCUAUUGUGGAAAAACAGGAUUUAGACUUGGAUUCUAACACAUCCCAAGAGAAUCUCAUUCUAAAAGAAGAAAACGAAGAAAACAUUUUGCCUCUCAAGUUUACUUUUGGAGUUGAGGAAGAAAUCAUUCCCGAGAAAACCGAGUUCGAGAAAGAAAUAGAUUACUUGUGGUCUGAGAUGCAUCUUUCUAUGGUGUCCGAGUUCGGUUCGACAUCAACUCUGCCAUCUAUGGUGGAAAAUGAAGUUGCUAAUGUUUCAGAGUCUGAACAUGACAGAACAACCCUAUCUCGAUGUCGUCAAGGGGAUCAUAAUCUCGUGUUAGACGAAGAAGUUGGAAUGAAAUGCAAAUUCUGCUCUUUCCUGCUGCUGGAUAUCAAAGAUAUGUCACCACCUUUUAUGGCAGAUCCUUGUGGAAAAUAUGAAAGACAAUUCUGUGGCAAUAUGGACUCUUCUAUAUUUGAUGGCCUUCAAUGUGAAGACUCUAACCUUGAUAUACCCGGCAUUGAUCACUCUGCUAAUAUCGAGGGCACGGUGUGGGGAAUCAUUCCUGAUUUGAAACGUAAACUCUACCCCCAUCAGCAUGAAGGUUUUGAAUUUAUUUGGAAUAACAUAGCAGGUGGGAUUUAUCGUGACAAGUCGAAAAACUCAUCCAAAGGUGGUGGUGGAUGCAUUAUAUCUCAUGCUCCCGGGACAGGGAAAACGCUUCUAAUGAUAGUCUUUCUUCAGACGUACUUAAAUGAAUAUCCAAGUUGCAGGCCAGUGAUUGUUGCUCCUCGCAGCAUGCUACUCACAUGGGAAGCAGAAUUUAGAAAGUGGAAGGUUGACAUUCCCUUUCACAAUCUCAACACUGAGAAAUUUUCUGGCAAGGAAAAACUGUAUGGUAUUGGUCUUUAUGAAAAAUUCAAGCACCGUGUUCCUUACCAAGAUAGACCUCUUGCCCGACGUAUGGUGAAGUUGCUGUCUUGGAAAUCCGAUGGAGGCAUUCUGGGAAUCAGUUACAACCUUUUUGUGCAACUUGCUGGAAAAGACAUCGAUGAGAAGCAAAAAUGUACAACGGUAGAUAAGCAUGUGAGUAAAAUCCUUCUUGAGCUUCCCGGUCUCUUUGUUCUUGAUGAAGGGCACACACCUAGAAAUGAUGAUACACUUAUGUGGAAGGCUUUAUCGAGAAUCAAAACUGAACGUCGUAUCAUUCUCUCUGGAACUCCUUUCCAAAAUAAUUUUGAUGAGCUAUUCAACACUCUUCGCCUAGUGAGACCGAAAUUUGCUGAAGGAAUCCAGUAUAGGCAUCGAGUAGAAGCUAAUAAGAAGUGCAGUGAUGAAGGAAGCGAAGCAAAAAGGAAAUGGGACCUUUUGACUGAUUCCAUUGGCAAAGAUGAUAUAUAUGAAGCUGAAAAAUUGAGUGAGCUUAAAGCUGUGAUUAAGCCUUUUGUGCAUGUGCAUAAGGGUACAAUUCUACAAACUACCCUUCCUGGUUUGAGGCAUUCUGUGGUUGUUUUACGGCCCUCUAAUCUGCAGAUUAGAAUCCUUGAGCGUGUUAAAGAAACAAGAAAUCCAUUUUUGCGAGAGUAUUAUGUGUCCUUGAUCUCCACCCACCCUUCUUUGUUGCUACAGUUAUCCAAUAAGAAAGAUAUUACAGAAAUCGUUGGCUCCAUUGUUAGUAUGAAUGAGUUAGAAAUGAUAAGACUGAAGCCUGAUAAAGGAAUUAAAACAAAAUUCCUUAUGGAACUUCUUAAGCUUAGUGGAGCUCUGGAUGAAAAGGUCUUAGUUUUCAGUCAAUACCUUGAACCAUUAAACCUAAUAGUGGAGCAGCUUAAAUUUUUUUUCAAAUGGAAGGAAAUGGAUGAGAUAUUGUACAUGGACGGGCAAUGUGAAAUAAAGCAGCGCCAAAGGAUAAUCAAUGUUUUCAAUGAUCCAAAGAGCAAAGCAAGGGUAUUGCUUGCAUCAACAAGGGCUUGCUCGGAAGGUAUAAAUCUUGUUGGUGGUUCUAGAGUGGUUUUGCUCGACGUGACAUGGAACCCGUCUGUUGAAAGACAAGCUAUAUGCCGUGCAUACAGGCUUGGACAGAAAAGAGUUGUAUACACUUACCACCUUAUCUCAUCUGGGACAAUAGAGGGGUUGAAAUGUUAUCGACAAGCCGAGAAGGAUCGGUUAUCAGAAUUACUGUUCUAUUCUUCUCACAAAGGGGAUGUUCAGCACAAUAAUGGCUGCAAUGUCCCAGAGGAUAGGAUUUUGGAAGUGAUGGCGCAGCAAGAGAAAUUCACUUCAAUGAUUGAAAGGAUAAUAAACGAGCCCAAAGAUUCUGACUUGAUCGUAACUUAUGGUGGUCUGUAACAG